CCCUUCGACAAGCGGUAGAUUACGGAGCGUUAGCGUCGCAUCGAUCGGUAAAUUCAGAGAGUAGGGACCUCGGUAAUCCAAUCAUUCGAUCGCCAGUUCGCAUGCGCAGAACCAAAGCGUACUUUGGUUAAACUGAGUUUUAUAGUCAACACUUGCUCAACACCAACAUUUAUUUUGUGGAGGUUAUAACACAUGUAUGGUCUACACGGUUAUAACAUUUGUACUUUAGAAGUUUAUUUACACUGUCAGCGGGUUGCGGUAUUCAGUUUAACGAGCAACGAUCAUUUGAAAAGGAAUAAAAGGUUUAAAAUGAUGGGCAGAAUCCAAAAUCGUCAUCAAUCAGAAUUUAAACGACGCCUGAAACUUGUCCAACCGGCUUUGAAUCGCAUUAUGUCGUUACUCUAUCGUAGUUGCUUGUCGCCAGAAAAAUUGGUAAGUUCUCAGAUUUACAUAUCUGGAAAGUGCGCGGCUUGGCUAGUUGGUCGCGCCGAUGAAUUUAACGUGUUUGACAUUUUUGUUAUGGGUUACAACCCUGAAGAUUUUAGUUUUUCUGGGUUCUCAGAAAGUAGCGAUCGUUUUACCGCCAAGUACACCCGGAUAAUAGAAAUCCAAACAGACGGUACUGAUUUCAGUCCACCUAUAACGUUAAUAUUCUCGGAUUUUGAUUUUUCGGCGGUAUCAGUUUUUGUCAACCUAUUCAAUCACGAACUAAUUUACACCUAUGACUGUCCGUGCGAUUACGGGAGGUGCACGGUAACUAAUAACGGCUGCCUGGAACACGGUGAAGUGAAUUAUCCACAAUUAUUUGAUUUGUCACCCGAUGAAGACAGGCUAGAGGCUUUUCCAGAGUUGAAGCUUCGAAAUCAACAGCGUUUAUGCAAUAAUCCACACAAUCGUGACAAGUAUGUUUCUCUAAUGGCUUUUGAACCCAGUCGCGAGAAUGAGUAUUCUAAGCGCUUGUUUCCCAAAAAUUUGACUACCAGUAAACCUCGCGACCUGACAGUGUCAUUUUGUGAGUAUAAAAAGGUUUGUGGACUCUGUAGUCGUAGCAAUUAUUUGGCGGCCAAGUAUUUUGGUUCUUGGAAACUUAAAACAUUCCCAAUGCCACAUGGUUAUGGAAACAAAACAGUUCUUGAUCGUAACAAUGCGGACAUGGUCAGUUAUUGUACAUGUAAAAAUAUACCAUCAGCAUGAGUAUUACAACCAAUUCGAAGAAUCCGGGUGUACAGAAUGAAAGAAGGCGAACCAUAUUCCUAUUUCUCAAGAAAUCAAUAGCGUGAUACUUGCAGAUAGUACAUUGAACCCUGAUUUACCCAUAUUGAAUAAACUUUAGUUUGGCUGAAAUUCUU